AUGGCGGAAAAUAUUACCAAAGAAAUUGAUAGUCUGAAUCUUGAAGAUGACCAAACUCCAAACAAAACGCCUACUCCACGAGCCGAACUGGAAGCCACCAUCCAAGGUCUAGUAGAACGCGGAAAGCGCCUCCACGAUGAAGUGGAGACAUAUGUGGCGGCAGUCCUUGAGAAACAAAAAGUCGGCAAAGUCCAUAAUCCAGUAGAGUAUCGUAAUCUGCGCAAUGACAUGCGCAACGAGCUAGCCUUUCUCAAAAAGCUAGUAGGCUCUGAUAUGGACGAGGAGAAAGCUAGACACUACAUUGUUUCGUCGAAUCUUCUCUACUACGAAGCACUAUGGAGCGCAGCAAAGCGCUCACGUGGACUCCAGAGCUUCAGAAAGUACUUCUCCUGGCACCGGCACAAUGCACCAGCAGGCAAGCACACGACAAAAGGCCUGAGCCUAUCCAAAGGAAGCCAAAAUAAGAGCAAAACCGCUGCGCUCGUUGAUAUUGUUGCCGAAGAAGGCAGCGAGUGGAUCCGCGUCUCGACCGUUUCUGAAAAGCGGAUUCUCUUUGACCUCGCCAAGCUAGGAUGGGUCAACGACUUUGACUCCGACGAAGACGAAGAUACACUAGACGCACGCUCAAUCGGUGAAGACGACGAAGACGACGACGAAGACCAAGUCGACGUUGUCCGCAACGCCCGUCAACUCGCCCGAGCAGCCCAGGCAAACCCCGUCCGCGGCCGCCCACCCAAAGUCCGCUUCGUCCUCACAAGAGUUGUUGCCGGUACAUCUGCACCCAUUGAUUCCGUCAUUAACAAAAUCCGGGCUACAGGCGCCAUUGUGCAAUGCGGCGACGACAUCCCCCCAGCACCUGCAAUUGACGAUGUUCUCCCACACCUCCUUAUCGAUCGCUCCCGGGCUCUCAGCAAUACUCUAAACAUUGAUUGCACCAUCCUGCUCGCUCUCAUCUCAGACAUCUCGCACAAACCCUGUCCGAUACUAGACUGGUAUCCUGGCGAAGUACGCGCGCAGAUCGAAGAGGAGGCAAAGGAGCAUUUACUUCCUACGCAUCUUUACCCGGCUAUCAAGGCGCAUCCUAUGGUGUGCACACGCGAAGCAGCCGACCAGAUGAAUCUUAUAGUACAGACUCUAGCUACGGAUACGGAGAGGCUGAGAUCGGACCUGUUGUUAGGACAGAGAGACUGGGAAGCGCGGUCUUCGCAGGAGUUGGUUGCGGAAUGGGCGCGUCUAUCCGACCACUCCGUCCCCACCGGCUUCGCCCUCCCCAUUACCGUCAAAUCACCCAACCUCGACUCCCUCACCGACACCCUCCCCACCGUCGCACGGAUAGUAGCAGCAGAGCUAGGUCCCCUCAACAGAUCCAUUUUCCUCUUCGGAUGGGCCCAGAAUCUCACGACGCUAAGUGCGAAUCGUGGGCGCGCCCGCCAGAUUGAAAGUAUUAUUAAUGAGCAUGGGCUGCAGGAUGGGGAGGCUGGGCCGCAUAUUUGGCUCUGUGGUGAGUCUCGUAGUCUGAUUGCGAAGCAUGGGCGGAGAAAGUAA